ACUCCACCAUCUUCACCAACCUUUACCUCGGGCGAGCAAGCAGUGAAUCCUACCUCGGACGAGCUUUAGCAGUGAACCCUACGACCAAUCUACAACAAUUCAUCAUGGCCGAAGACAACUCCGCAGCCUGGCCCCAAGCCGAUCAGGCUCUCUCGCAAGAGAUACUUGACCUCGUCCAACAAGCAAGUCACUACAAACAAAUCAAGAAGGGAGCCAACGAAGCGACGAAGACCCUCAACCGCGGAAUUUCCGAGCUAAUUAUCCUCGCCGCUGACACCUCCCCACUCGCUAUCCUCCUCCACCUGCCUCUCCUCUGCGAAGACAAGAACGUACCCUACGUCUACGUCCCUAGCAAGCAGGCUCUUGGACGUGCCUGCGGAGUUGCUAGGCCCGUCAUCGCUGCGUCCAUCACCACCAACGAAGCGUCUGAUCUGAUGGGUCAGAUCCGCGCCCUCAAGGACAAGGUUGAGCGUCUCGCGGUCUAGUCGCGAUGCGCCUACCUGCACCGUACGAUCGCCUGGAUAUAUGGGUAUGCACCCGGGUGUCAUAAAAUAUUUGAUAUCACUGGAGUUAAAAGGCCACGGUAGUCGCCAGAUCAAGCACAUAUUUUGACACUCAGGUCUUUGAAAAUGAAGGAAUGGAGUUCGCAAUGUUGGAAGUCUAUGUAGGAUCAAUAACAGGGCAUCUGGAUGAGAUAUCGCUAGAUCUUCUCUGUACGUAGACUGAGAAUGAAGUGCCGAGCGCAAGACGGCAUCGACUCUACUAAAUCAAAACUCACGUAUUCAACAUAACUAGCACUAGCA